AUGAGCAGCAACUCUUCUUCCGACCACGACAACUCCGAUGACUCCGAUUUCUCUCUCGAGUCCAAUCGCGGGCGACAGCAACGGCGCUCUAAUUCCCAACUUGAACCCUUUGACCUCAGCCUUUCGGUAUCACAAGAUCAGAAUCCACCACAAGAUCAUGAAAAUUUUGAAAGUGGGCGGGAAGGAGCCAACGAAGAUGAACCAAAUUCCUCACAAACCCGAUGGGAGCACUGGGAUACGCUUCUCGCAAUCUUGGAUGAAAAGUCAUUAACUCAAUACACCACACUCUUGGAACAAACCGAGAGUGAUAUAUCAACAACUACUGAAGCAACCGAUGACGAUGAAACCACCCAGAUAGGUACAGUGAUCUGGACCGCAGCGGAAAAAAUAUCACUCUUCCAACUUCUCGGCCGGAAGGGCAAGAAUGGACUCGGGCAGGUCGCCGCUCUUCUUGGGAGCAAGUCAGAAUUGGAAGUGCUGGAUUACCUCAAAGUACUCCAGCGUGGCUUGGAAGAUCAGCAUAUCCUGAAGCGACAGCUCAACACAAUAAUCCUGGGUGACGUUCCCGCUGCCAUGGAAGUCAGUAAAGAAUGCUGCGCCGAGCUGGAUAAAUACGCGCGGGUCCUGACAAUGAGAGAAGACCUUGAUGUGGAGAUUGCGGGCCGCGUAACUUAUGACGAUAAUGCGAUUAUUGCCAAAGCCCAGGCUAAGAAACUCAUUGCACGAGAAAUCAAUGCCCCCUUGCCAGGCAGGAUCGAUCUCGCUGCCAAUUUGUUCAAUAUUCCACAUUGGAUACAUCUCUCUGAAACAAUGUUCAUGAAUUUCGGCGGGUCAAGAUCGGAAGAUUGCUGGAGUAACAUCGUUCAAUCAAAAUCUGAGUCUCCGUCGCUGCACGGUGAAGCUCUCAUGGAUUUCUACGCUUUGACAAUGAGCGUUACGCGCCGUUUGAUUCAAUCCGCUCUCUUCUUUGCCAUGUCACGACUACAUGGUCUGCAUGCAAUAGGCAGAGACAGAGGAAGCUUCGUUCGAAAGAGAGACGUUCGAGCUGCUCUGGACGUGUUGAAUAUGGAACACGACCGAGGUGGAGCUAGUUUCUUUGUCAAUCUCGCACGUCGAAAUCGGUUGACCAUCACAGAUGAUGUGGAUGACGAAAAGGAGCCUCGGACUAUCAGCUACGAUGAAGCUCUUCAGAUUACCCAUGAGGACGAAGACUCCAACAACUCUGAUCAGGAUGAUAUUCUAAGCCAAUCGGAAGGUGAUAGUCAGUCUAAAUUGGAGGCCGCGGGCUCACAACCAGCCCCGAUUCCAAUUCAGCGUUCAUUACCUCAAAUUCCAAAGACCGCAUGGGAAGAAAUGCCUCUAGAUCCCGAAGAUGAGCAUGCAAACCUCCUCGAUCUAGAAAUGAGUCGCCGCGAGGAAAUAAAGCUAUGGCAUCUAUUGGAAGAACCCGUGCCAUCUCGUCUCAAUGCCUCCCUUGUUCCGGAGAACGAAAUUGAAAAAGACGCACUUUCUCGCAAGCCUGCCCCCGAACGCAAGUCAAGAGAGGACCUGGUUGACUGGCGCGACCGAACUCUUUACCGGGGCGAUUGGGAAGAUUACAAGGAUGGUACUCAAGACCUCGAAGCCGAGUUGGUUGAAAAUCGACAAAAAAGACGCUGGGCGAUGUAUGAGGAAGGGUCAUCGGAGGAAGAAAUUGAAAGAUCACGGAGACCCAGAAAAAGGAGACCAUCCGAUCAUUUGCCUACCAAUAUUGUCGGAAUUGAUGACUCGGCCGACGAGGAUACUGGAGACGGCGCAGUGGAGGACAACGAAGCUCCCGAUGGAGCAGGCGAGGACCGCAUGGAUGUCGAUGAACCCAGUCCUAGUCUCAGACCAAGCAUUGUUGUUCAAGUGCCGCGGCAUGGAAGUACAAAAGAGCCAAUUCCCUGA